GUUUCAUUUUAGCAUUUUUACACCUCCACACGUCCCGUAGUCACUCGUGCGUUAUCGAAACCAUCACAUCCCCCCCAGUGUCAGUGCGCGUUCUAGUCUCCACCUCCGCCCCCAUUCAUCCCCGCGUUCUGUCAUAACCUCUCGAAAAUCUCCCUCCGCACCCUCGAGCUCGUCAACCCCGGCCCGCCAUAUGCUGCUCAUUACCUCCCGCUCUCCAAUAAUGAUAAGAUAACCUCCGAAAAUGUCCGACGCCGCCGUUCCCCAAUGGAAAAAAGACUUGAUAGCGCGUCUCCGCAGCCAAAACAAACGGACCGCUCACGCCGAGCAGCAGCUGUUCGGCCCCUCUCAUCGGACGUUGCCUCCUCCCAGUGCAGCGGUCGCGGUCGGCAGUGAAGCAUGUGAGUGCGGCGGCACCAUGGUGCAGCGGGGCGACAAGAGCGACUCGGACGAGGACCUCCACUACGGUCCUGGAAUCGUGAGCAAGCUCAAGGAGCGCUACCUGAGCCUCGCGCAGCGCGAGAAGCCCCGGCCCAGCAUCCUCCGCAAGGCGGCCUCCUUGGAGAACCUCCUCGACGAUGGCCCGGCCGAGAGCAGCCGCCUGUUCCAGGCCAGCCAGAACAAGCGCGUCCCCAGCCGGUACGCCCAGAAGGGGCCCGAGCUGAAGAGGGCGCGCUCGGUCGAGACCAUCUCGACGCCGGAAGAGACCGACACCAAGCCCAAGCGUGAGUCCAUGCACGAGGAAAUGCUUAUCAAAGGAAGUCUGAUAAUUCCGGAAAAACCGCCGGAAAAUGAACACAAAUACAGAGUUAACAGACCCAAGCGCAUCGCGCCCGUCAUGAACGAGAAGGAGAAGCCCCCAGCGGACGUCGUCAAGCAGGCCAAGAUGAUCUUCGAGCGCCGGCCGGAGCAGCGCACGAAGCCCCCGCAGCAGACGGGGGAGGUGGCGGCCAAGGUGCAGACCUACAAGCGGAUCAUCGUGGAGAACAAGCCGCCGAAGAAGCCCGCCAUCAAGGUGAAGCCCGUGCUAGAUAAGCCGAAAACUAACGGGAUUAGGGCCAAGAAUAAGCACGGCGACAGGGAGGCGUCCAAGUCGCCGGACAUUCCGCCGAGGGCGAGGUCGCCGGAGAAGAAGGUGGAGGUGUUGAGGCCGAAGUCGCCGGAGGACGUGCCGCCGUCGCCGAAGUCCCCGAGGUCGCCUGAACUUAAGCUCUCUUCAGAUGUGCCUUCGCCGAAGUCGACGUCCUUGCCAAGCCCCAUUCCGGAUAUUUCCAGGGUGGAUUUUAAGCCCGAGGAGAACGGGGUUAAAGCGACGAGUUUAUCGGAGACUCCGGAUUUAAUUAUUACGUCUAGUCCAUUGCCGGUGGUGGAUUCGCCGUCUUUUAGGAUAUCGGCCACUGAGAAUUUUAUUAAAGAGGAAAUCAGAUUAUCCGAAACCGAACGCACCCCACCGCCACCAUCCCCGAAGCCCGCCAAGAAGCCCCAGCCUUCGCCACCACCCACGACAAACUCCAUGACGUACAACUUCGUCGAAAACCACGCCGCGAAAAGCCAGACCCAGCAACCGAUCAACAAGAACGUGUUGAAUACUCAGACGCCGCCCUCUCAGCCCCUCAAGUUGGAAAUCAACGGCGUGAGCGAGACGUCGUCGAAAGCUAAGAAAUCGUCAAACGAUUUGCUUAGCGCCAAGCCGACGCCGACGAACCUCGAAAUCGAGAAGAAUUUGAAAAACGCGGCCAAGACUCUGCAACAGCCUAAGACUAGUAGUAGUGUUAUAACGAAGUGCGACGCGAACGAAGUGACUACGAUUAAAGUGCCAAAAGUGAAAAAACCCCCGCGCGAACAUGAGAAUACCACGAUGUUGUUCGAUUUCAGGGACAGGAAAGACGUACCGGAUCACGUGAAGAACGACGGGGUGACGAGGGCGGCCAAGCUGGAGAAGCCGAAGGUUGGCGAAGGGGGCAUAAUUUUGAUCCCCGGCGCCUGGGUGGGCGAAUCAUUCACAGACGAAGACGAGGAGGUCCUGCGCUCUCUGGAAGGCCCCCCGAGUCCCUGCGACGUCACAUUCAUUAACGAUAACAUACUCAUCGAUGGAAAAUCUAGUCUUAGUCAAAAAACGAAAAAAGCGAAGCUGAAGAUAUCCUUCGUCGACGAGGGUCCAGAAGUUUACGAGUACCCUUCAGAAACAUCGUUGCUCAUAGAAGACAUUCCCAAGUCGCCCCCAGUUGCACAAAUCCGUCAUUCAGUUCCUUCGCUCUCUGGCACGUCAACUCUAGCCAACUACACCCCAAAAAGUACCGAGGACUUCCAGCCAGGGGUCACUCGCAGUUUCCAGACCGCGCCAGUAACCAAGCCGGAGACACCCGAAGCCGAUUUGUUCGUGCAAGAAGUCGAAAAACCCAUUCUGUUCAGCGCCGGGGCCAAUUCAGACAUACUGUUCUAGACUAAGAAUAAAAAAAAACGUUUAUUGUAUUAAAAAAUUACUUACAUUCCAUUAACGGAACAAUUUUUCACGUUUUAUAAUGUCAUACUGCUUACAGUUUUAAUUUUAAGUAUAAUAUGUAUUGUUAAGCGUACGCUGUGGUAUUAGAAUAUGUUCAUUCCAAUUUGGCGCCUUAAUUUUAAAAAAAGUGUAAACUCUGUGAUGAAAUUUGCAGUUUUAUGUUUGUGUAUUUAUAUAUCUGUCUACUUUUGUAAAAUUAAACAGUAUUGCAUUCAGA